ACGACGACAACUUUCUCCGCAGAGAUCAUUAGCGAUUCGCACCGAGCAUCAACCUCUGUAACUGAGACUAGUGUAGCAAGUAUGUUAUUACCAGCCAAAUACAUCUUUUUUACGGCUAUAUUUAUACAACAGUAUGCACAUAUUCAAUCAUUCAAGCUCAGCAAAAGUGACGAAAUUGAACAGUUUUUGAACGAGAUCUUGAAAGAGAAAGUCAAUCAUGUAACAACAGAAGAAGAGGCAUGGGAUUUUUUUGGAGUACCCCGUUGCAAGACGGGUGACGGACUGCAAUGUUUUCCUGGUACACCAUCCAGUCAGUGUUUUAGUGGCAUUGAUGAUACUUGCAAUGGUGUUGUAGACUGCAACUGUGACGGGGCAUGUACAUCCCCAGAUGACGAAAGUCCAGAAGCAUGUCAACUACGGGAACAAGUCGUCUGGAUCAUCGAUAACGGUAUACCGUAUUUUGGAUUUGGAAAGCACGAUUCAGAAAUAUUCACAGUCCUUUGGUUUAUGGGGUUACAUGAUUAUUGUCCAACGCACAGUCGGCUAUCUAAAUCAAGUCUAAUCUGUCCGGCGGAACCGCACAAGUGCAUUUCUAUUGACAAGUUCUGUGACGGUUUUGAACAUUGUAGCAGCCUCUGCUACGAUAUACAGGGGUAUAAUUUCUGUGGUACAAAUCAUUGGUUGGGUGGAUGCCUUAUCAAAGAUACUAUGGCAACCGUCACCGAAGGGACAGCACGAAAGUGACGGGAAGCUGUCGACGAGAUUUUGCAUUGAAUGCGUACGCAAUUAACAAAAUAGACAAGAUCACGUUCUUAUGUCUUAGUGUUAUCUAAAUACUACUCAACAAUACCAUAUACAUCUAGAUGCAUUUUUCUUUUGCUUAUUUUAAUUUCGAAGUCAUUCGAUAUUUCACCGCGCACGUAGAGCUGUCUUUGGAACAUUAUUUUAUAUCUCAAUUUGUUUCAAUAAUAAUUUUGAUUCAGUUCAACGGAUAAAUAAAUAUAUUACC